ACUCAAAAACUUUCCAGAGAACCGAAUGAUGAAGGCCGCAAGUCAGAGCCCUCGAGUGGGUCAAAUCUCGGGCACAACUGUCCUAAUCUGAGCUUUCGACUUUUUCGUCGGAGAAAAUCUGGGAUUCUAGAAAAACAAACAAUUCCAAUAUAAGUACAUGGCGAUGGAUGCGCAUCAGGUUCUCACUUUGAAAAAGCAGUCGGCUGAUCUUGUGUGUGCGCCCAUGGUUAAGAUUAAAACUCCAGCACGAAUCAUCCUGAAAAUCGAGCAAGCUUAUAUAGGAAGCGGCACACGGUUUUCCUCUUACUUUUCUCUUCCGUAUCAAGCAUCGUAAACGCGGUUUUCAUCUUACCUUCCUAGAAAAUGCGGUUAUCUUACUACUGUUCACCGCGGUAUCAAACAUGAUCUACUGUAAAGGAAAAAACAAUGAAAAAGGAGAAAAGCAAAACAUUUCCGCAGUCCCACUUAAGCCAAUUAGUCCCGUUUUUGUUGUGAAAAGAGUUUUUAAACUGGAAAAGUCUUUGAAGCAAAUAUUCCCGGGGCACUGCCUCCGAUCACUCCUUCACCCAUCAGCUCUAAAUAGCAGCGAAGUGGAGGUGAUUAUCCAACCAAGUGCAAUCCCCAGAAUCCUGUUGUUCGAGGCCUCGAGCAGCUUUCUCGGUGCCGAGAGCCUGGAUAAUCCCAAGGCUUUGAGCGCCAAGCAGAGUUGAGAAGAACAUGUCGUCUGCAGGGAAGCCUGACUACAAGAUUAGAUGCGGCCAGUGCGAGCAGCAGAUUAGGCCCAUCUGGACAAUGCAGGCAAUCCGCUGCCCCUGUUGCCAUAACAUCAUACCGAUCACGAGGAUGCAGCCCGCAAACCAGGACAACUCGCCAACAGGUGCCGGCUCCCUAAGUGGCAGUGCUGGGAACAGACAGUCCCUCAGGUUCGAGAGUUUCUACAAUAGGGUCAGGGUGAAAAUCUCGGGGGCGGGUAGUUACUGCUCCGAUUUGUCUUCUCAUAGUAGGUCAUCAUCGAAAGGCCUGAGUGGAGACAUGAAGAUGCCCGAGUCCCGGCUGAGGAAGCGGGCCGUGCUCUGUGGGGUGACUUACAGGAAGAGGAAGUACAAACUUAAGGGGACCCUCAACGAUGUGAAGGCCAUGAAACAGUUGCUGAUGGAAAGAUUUGGGUUUGUGGAGGAGAGCAUCCGCAUCCUCACAGAAGAGGAGAAAGACCAGCGGAGAAUCCCGACCAAGAAGAACAUCCAGGAGGCACUGGACUGGCUUGUACAGGACAGCUGGUCCGGUGACUCGCUCGUCUUCUACUUCUCAGGUCAUGGUCUACGGGUGCCAGAAAAUACGGAGGGUGACGAACUCGACGGGUUCGACGAGACCAUCUGCCCGGUCGACUUCACCAAGGAAGGCAUGAUCCUUGACGACGAGAUAAACUCCAGGAUCGUCCGGCCUCUCAAGGAAGGCGUCACCCUCCAUGCCAUUGUUGAUUCCUGUCACAGUGGGACCAUCCUAGACCUGCCCAAUGUUUAUGACUAUAAAUUGGGAAAGUGGUCGGACAAUAGACCUCCCUCAGGUGCCACGAAAGGGACAAUGGGUGGACUUGCCAUCAGCUUAAGUGCUUGUGCUGAUGCAGAAAUUGCUGCAGAUACCUCUGCUUUGACGGGGAAGAUUGUGAGUGGGGCCAUGAGUGGGGCCAUGACAUACAGCUUUGUGGAUGCAGUAAGAAAGAACCCUGCAGGCCUCACAUAUGGUAAAUUGGUCAGGUCAAUGCACGAAGUCAUUGAGGAAGCUAACAAGUCAAACUGUUUGAACUCUUCCUUUCUCUCAAGGAUCUUCCAUGCCAAACUCUUACAGGAACCCGUCCUGUCUUCCUCGGAGAUAUUCGAUGUUAACUCGAAGAAGUUUGAGCUCUAGAAUCUAGAAUGCACCAGUGAUUCCAGAAGACCAUGGAGGAAUUGCCAAGCGAUCCGCAUAAAAUUACAAUUUAUGGUCAACCAGAAAAUAAAGAAUAAGGCAAUUGUGAAUCUGCAGAAUAUUUGCAGCCUUCCUUUCCAUUUCGGGUUCCAUACUGCCGAAGUUUAUCAGCUUUUCCAUGACCGCAAUUCAGGCGUGAAAUUCAUCUGCCGACUGUUGUACCCAGUAGGGAAAUCUCCGGUUGUAAUUCUGAGUUUCAGCUUUCUGCUUGUUUUUAUCUUCGUUAUGGAAUGAUCUUUUGAGUUAGUCCAUGGAAUUCGUUUCAAUCCA